AUGCUUGAAGGAGAGAGGUUGAAAUGGCUCAGAAAUAGUCAGUCUAAACUUAGAGUGUCUAAGUAUAACAAUCUAAACCAAGAUGGAGAUGAAAGUCAAACUGAUGGUUCACCGACUAGAAAAAGAGUAAUUUUACCUUCAUCAUAUGUUGGUAGUAGGAGAUUUAUGCAUCAAUUGUACUAUGAUGGAAUGGCUAUAUGUAGUAAAGUGGGAUUUCCAGACCUAUUUAUUACUUUCACUUGCAACCCGAAUUGGCCGGAAAUUCAAAGAGCUUCAACUCCUCUAAACUGGAAGGCACAUGAUAGACCUGGCAUUAUUGUUAGGGUAUUUAAAAUGAAGUUUGACAGCCUUUUGUCAGACGUCACAAAAAAAGGUGUUUUAGGCAAAGUACUUGCUUACAUGUACACAAUCAAGUUCCAAAAGAGAGGCUUGCCAUAUGCCCAUAUUCUUAUAUUCUUGCAUCCAUCUAAUAAAUAUCCAGAACCAAGUGAUAUCGAUAAAAUAAUUUCAGGUGAGGUUCCAGAUCCUAUGAAACAACCAAGGUUAGAUAAUCUGGUGAAGGCGCACAUGGUGCAUGGUCCUUGCGGGUUGGCAAAUCCAAAAUGUCCAUGCAUGAAAAAUGGAAAGUGUACAAAGUUUUAUCCAAAGAAGUUCCAAGAUGUUACGAUAGUUGAUCAAGGUGGCUAUCCUAUUUACAGAAGAAGAGAUAAUGGGCAUAAAAUUAAUAUGAGUGGAAUACAACUUCAUAACGGUCAUGUUGUACCACACAAUCUGAGUAUACUAAUGAAGUAUGAAGCACACAUAAAUAUGGAAUGGUGCAAUCAAAGUACUUCAAUUAAGUAUCUCUUCAAGUACAUCAACAAGGGUUCCGAUAGAAUCUCCGUUGUGAUAGUUCCCAAUGAUAGCAUAAGUGUCGAUAAUGUUGACAAAAUCAAACAAUAA